UGAUAAUAAAAUGGAUAAGCAUGAGUUUCGUCGUUGUUACGAAAUUUUAGCUCCAGGUACAAAACAUAGCCAUCAUGUAGCUGAUAAAGCAUUUAAAGCAUUUGAUAGAGAUCAAACAGGUCAUUUAACAUUCGAAGAAUUUUUAUCUGCUUAUGUUAUGUUAAAUCAAACCAGUACCCCAUAUGAUCGUGCAAACUUUCUAAUUGAUCAGUAUAAUCCAAACCAAAAAGGUGUUAUAACACCAGAAUAUGGAAGACAAGUAUUUGGUAAAAUGAAUGAUUUUUAUGGUGUUCAAGGUGAUCCGGAACAAGCAUGGUUACAGUUCGAUAAUGGUAGCGGUCAAUAUGACCAUGAACGCUUUGUUCAACAUGUAGCAAAUCAUCCACAAUAUACAUCUAAUUACUAA